CACUUCAUCCAUCACCGUUUUCACCCCUUCAAGUGGUCGCGAGAAGAAGGGAGAGGAGAGAGAGAGAGAGAGAGAGAGAGAGAUCACAGAAUGGUGGGCGGCGGCGGUGGAGGACAGCGGGUGGCGACGAUGCUGCCGUAUCUCGUGAAGACGCUGCGGAACGAAUCCAUCAAGCCCUCAAAUCGAACCCUACCUUCCCUUAGGCGCACGUUCUCGCUGUAUGAUCAGAUUAAUCUCAUCGACACCGUGCCUGAAGACCAAUUGCGUUUCCAGCGGUAUGGCGAUACAGGAUUUACUGUCAAUGGUGUCAAGUAUGAAGGCAGCUUGCUUGUUGUGGAAAAUAAGCUCAUGACAUGGGUUCCAAAAACAUUUUCUGAGAUAACCCCUGAAAGUUUAUCUGUAUUCAAGAUUCUGAGGCCAGUUCCAGAGAUUCUGAUUCUUGGCUGUGGAAGGCACAUUCAGCCAGUAAGCCCUCAACUGCGACAAUUCAUUCGUUCUACUGGAAUGAAACUGGAAGCAAUUGACUCGAGGAAUGCUGCUUCAACUUACAAUAUAUUAAGCGAAGAAGGAAGGCCAGUGGCUGCUGCCCUUCUCCCAUAUGGAGUUGCUUCGUAAAUAUUCCAUGAACUACAUAAUCAUACAUGCCAAGAAGCUCUCUGUAGGUAAGAUAGCAUUUGGGACAAGUCUCCUCAAAUUGGUGAUGCAUCACUGUGCUUUAUGAAUUAUGAAGAAAUCCUCCUUCCAGAAGAAUUUGAAAUGGCCAGCUUUCCUGCUUUGACUUCGCUCUCUCUGGUUUUUUUUAUUGCAGCACCUUACGUAGUGUCUUGCUAGCUUGUCCAAAUAACACAUACUCAAAUAUAGGAUCAUUUUGUAGCUUUAGACACACCAGCUCGAUGAGUACCAAUCUACAGUCAGCAUGGACUUUUGGUUUCU